GCACCCUCAGCCCGUCUUCCCCCCUACGCAGCAACUACCCCUGCAACUACGAUCACGCUCGAACGUUACAAGGGGCGAAAGGCCUGCUCCAGCGUCCCCGCGAGAGGUUCUUUCAUCCUCUAGGACAACACAGGCGCAUCCUAGUGCUUUUGAUCUUUCUGGGGGUAGCAACCGUUCGAAUUUAUUCAGACCAUCUCAGAAAAAUUCGGGGGACGCUUGUUGCUGCGAAAUGUCUGCAAAUGUUCCCCCGAUACACCUGGCCGAGUGCGAAGAAUGCGUUCAGAGCUGCGAUGACCCUGGGUGCACUAUUGAGCUUACGCCUCAAUGCACAGAGCAAUGCGUCGUCGUUUGCAAUGAUCCUCACCAUAGUCUGGGAUCCUGUGUCGAUGACUCCUCAAGGUCUUUCCCGUGUUCCGAUGGCUUGGGUUGUAGCGACAUAGAUGAUUUUCUACAAUGCUGCACAGACUACCAUCCGCAUCUUCCUGACGGUAAACCGUUUGUGGCCGAUCCUCAUCGCGGCUCUUUUGGGUGGGAUUCAUCCUUCGAUUCCAUGUUCUCUGCUGUGGAUGCCCGUCAUGCAGGAGAUCAUACCAAUCCCUAUGCUCAUUCAAAUACGCUGCCGAAUAUCUCCUCUCAUAACUCGCUCAUGCAUAACCACCAUCUUCCAUAUGAUUGCUUUGCCCCAACUGCUGCACCUUCGGCUGUUUCGCCUACCUAUCAUCCUUCAUCUAGCAGUCUCGCCGAUGCGCUUAAUCCUCCGCCCGCAGCCAACGAUUCAGGUACCUUACGGUGCAUGUGGGGCAACUGCUUAGCUACAUUCAACAGCAUGGCCGAGCUAGUCGGCCAUGUCAACUUGCAGCAUCUGCGACUCCCAGGAUCAGGUUCUACGACUCCUCAAAGUCAUCUAGCACAAAAUGCCAGCCUGCCGUCUACGAAGGCUGAUAACCUGCAGCAGGCAGAUCAGUUCUCUUGUUUGUGGGCGGAUUGUCAUCAAUAUCCCGACGUCAGUACGAUACCCGGGUCGUCAACAGGAAAUCCGGUCGAUACCGCACUUGACGUACUUGCAAAUCAUCUGCUACACGACCAUCUAGGUCUUACCAAUCCACCUCCGCCCCAACUUCACCCUGCAGGAUCAUUGAAGACUACUCAUUCGCCCACGGUGUUCUCUCUGGAGACGACAACAUUGAUUUCGCCGGCUGAAUCAUCCACUCCUUCGUCGCUCUCGCCUUCUGGACCACCAACGCCGGCUCCUGAGCACGAUUGUUCCCUUCCCUCACAUGUCUGUCGAUGGAUUGGAUGUGGCCAGAUGUUCGUUUCGUGCGAUGAAUUGACUGUUCACAUCAAUGCUGCGCAUGUUGGUGGUGGGAAGGCACAUUAUGACUGCUAUUGGGAAGGGUGUAAUAGAAAUGGUGAGAGCGGCUUUGCAAGUAAGCAGAAGAUAUGUCGACACCUGCAGAGUCACACGGGCCAUCGACCGUUUCAGUGCAAGAUAUGCAAGCAGCAUUUCUCUGAAGCUGCGACUUUGGCGCAGCAUAUGCGGAGACAUACCCAAGAACGACCCUAUGUCUGUGAUUAUCCUGGAUGCGGGAAAUCUUUCGCCAUCACGGGGGCCCUCACCAUUCACAAGCGUACACAUAAUGGUCACAAGCCCUUCAAGUGUACCUACUGCGAUCGAGCGUUCGCUGAAUCUUCCAACCUGUCUAAACAUGUGCGUUGUGAUCGAUGCCUUCUCAGCUUUUACGGAUUGACUCAUUAUUCAAUAUUUAGCUUCGAACGCAUACUGGUGCUCGUCCAUAUAGUUGUGCACAUACAGGAUGUACAAAGACGUUCGCUCGGCCCGACCAACUUGCCAGGCACAUGAGUGUCCAUAGGAAGAAAACCAGUCCUCCGGAAGAUAACGGACAGGCCCCGUAGAUCGGUUAUUUAUUAUAUUCUGUAUGCUUAUUUACUCGUCGCAGCAUCCCUCCACUUCGACACCCAUGCUUACAUAUUGUUUGUUUGUUAUCACAUCGACUAUCAUUAUUGUAUUACUCUGUUGACACAGGGCUGUCCUAUAUUCACAGCUAAUCAUGACUUGUUCUGAUUAUGACAUCGAUCUUCAUCCAUGACCAC